AUGUUUCAGAUUAACCAUAACCCAGAAUUCACGGCAACAGCGUCCGCAAUACGCCAGAUUUGGUCAGGCACUUGUCGUCUGUCUUGCCGUCAAAGCCAGUACAGCAGUUUCAGUGGUCUUAGUGGCCUCGAAAGGUCCAACAGUAUCGCUAGUUCUCCAGGAACCAGCCAUUCGAGGGCCAGAACAAUUUGCGUCUGCGACACCUGUCCUUGUGCAAUCAUUGAUAAUAUACUCAGCACCUGCCGCCCUGUUACCGAUGCCUAUUACGAAACAUUAGAACUCCUCUCCAACUACACCUGCAGCAUCAUGCAAAGAAUAAGUGGAUAUACACAAUAUUUUACAAGCGUAGCGGGUUGUGGAGUCUCAUGCCAAAGACGAGCACAGUUGUCCGCAUCAAGACAGUUAGAUUCAUCACAAAAUAUAAAUUUUGGGAAUCAAGCAAGGGCCGAGAGAAAAUCUAAUGCAAUGGUUAAGGGAAUAAAGUCGCUCAUUCUUCGUAAAAAAUCUACUUUAGGUAACCAAACUGAGGAUCCAGAAAGAAGCGAAGACAAUGAGCCAAGAAAACGAACACUGAGUAUUGUAUCUAAAAGAGAGAGCGUGGAAGACACAACGUCAUUGUCAAAUGGCUGUGCUAGAUGCAUCGAAAAAGGUUAUACAUGCAUGAAAAACUGUCCACGAGCCAAAAAGAACUCAUGA